AUGCAACGCUUCUUACUCCGUUCGACGUUUUCUGCCACGCGCUCCCGUGGUCUGCCUGCUUCAAAUCUCUGCAGAUUCCACCACCCUAAUCCAGGAAACUUUCAGAAUCGCUCCAAGGAGCAAAUGAGUAGCAUCGGCCGCAAAGGUGGAAGGAAAGGCGGCAAAGCACGAGGUGUCGGUGGGUUCAAGAGUAUGGACCCUGAGAAACAGCAUGCCAUCGCUUCUCAAGGAGGCCAUGCUGCUAGGAAAUCCGUACAUCAGGCAGAUCGGGAUCGCCCUCCCUCUGGACAGCCCUCAGCAGCGGCUCCUGGGUUCGAUGAGUCCUGGACGGCGUAG